CGAACCUUUGAAACUAAGUGUACCAGAGCCGGCACAUGAGACUUACCGUGUAUAAAGCUGCCAGUGGAGGAGCUCCGGGAACCAGGAUGUGGUGUCAUUUGCUCACGUAAGACAGAACAGGGAUAAUAACACCAGUGUCGGCGCCUCACAAAAGUUGUCGGCUGGAGCAGAUGCGAUGAUGGAUGUGGCAGUGUCAGACGUUGGCUCUCCGGAUUACCCGGGGUUUGCAGUUGACAUUGAAUCCACCCUAAGGAUGGAAGGUGUAGAACUUAAAGAAGAAUGGCAAGAUGAAGAUUUUCCCAUACCUUUACCAGAAGAUGAUAGCAUUGAGGCAGAUGUGCUGGAUGUAGCUGGACCAGAGAGCCGGCCCGGCUCACUGGAAGUUAAUGGAAAUAAAGUAAGAAAGAAAUUAAUGGCUCCAGACAUUAGCCUGACACUGGAUCCUAGUGAUGGUUCUGUGUUGUCAGAUGACCUGGAUGAAAGUGGGGAGAUUGAUCUAGAUGGCUUAGACACACCGUCAGAGAACAGUAAUGAGUUUGAAUGGGAAGAUGACCUUCCAAAACCCAAAACUACUGAAGUCCUUAGGAAAGGCUCAAUUGCUGAAUACACAGCAGCAGAGGAGAAAGAAGACGGACGACGCUGGCGUAUGUUCCGGAUUGGGGAACAGGACCACAGGGUUGAUAUGAAGGCAAUCGAGCCCUAUAAAAAAGUUAUCAGCCACGGAGGAUAUUAUGGGGAUGGACUGAAUGCCAUUGUUGUGUUUGCUGUCUGUUUUAUGCCUGAGAGUGGUCAACCUAACUAUAGAUAUCUGAUGGACAAUCUCUUCAAGUAUGUUAUUGGCACUUUGGAGCUGUUAGUAGCAGAAAACUAUAUGAUAGUUUAUUUAAAUGGUGCAACAACUCGAAGAAAAAUGCCCAGUCUGGGAUGGCUCAGGAAAUGCUAUCAACAGAUUGAUAGAAGGUUACGAAAAAACCUGAAGUCUCUAAUCAUUGUGCAUCCAUCUUGGUUUAUUAGAACACUUUUGGCUGUUACAAGACCAUUUAUUAGUUCAAAAUUCAGCCAGAAAAUUAGAUACGUCUUUAAUUUGGCAGAAUUAGCAGAACUUGUCCCCAUGGAAUAUGUUGGCAUCCCAGAGUGCAUAAAACAGUAUGAAGAAGAAAAGUUUAAAAAGAAACAGAAAAGAGUUGAUCAAGAGCUUAAUGGAAAACAAGAUGAACCAAAAAGUGAACAGUAAGUUUGGCAUCUAGUCCAAACAAGACUGAAGAAUGUGCUGAUGAAGCAAUGCUCUCUUUUGCAUUUAUAAUGCAUUUAUUGGCCCAUAUUUUUAUGUAAUCUGUUACAACAUUGACUUGACUUUUUCUUAAUGGACUUUUGUACAAGGGACUGUUCACUGCUGUACUGGUUUGCAAAUCUCUUGAAUUUAGCUCCUUAAUAGCUAAUUGUAUUGUAAUCAUUUUGUAUUUUGUAGUGCUAAAUAGCAGAGAACUACACUUUAUAUAAAAGUUUUUGCAUUUGUUUAUUGAAUUAUGCAUCUUCAGUAACAUAUUUAUAUGCAUAAAUGGUAAAGGAAAGAAAUAAUAUAUAUUUUUAUGUUUUUGAGCAAUAUUUUUUAAUGUAUACCUGUCUUGUGGAAGAAUAUGCAGGUAAAUAAGACCAUGGUUUUGUAAAAUGCAUGUUAGGAUUUGUUUUAUUUUGUAAAUGGUUCAAUGCAUUUCCUGGGUAACUUAGAAAAUUAAGUUGCUCACAAGGUGAGGGACAGUCAGACUGAUACUCAUGAAUACCCAAAGAUCAUGUGCAUAAUCUAAGUAGAUUAGUACCAUCCCCAGCUGUUGUCUAACUUAAUGUGUAUUGUUCCUUAAUUCAGAAGUGCAACUUUGAGCGCAUUGCACAUUUUUUUCUUUUUAAACUUAAAGUCUAAAAGCCAUUUUUAGAAUUAGAGGACGUAAGAGGCUAGGAAUUGGAGUUUGUAUAUAUGUAUAAAUGGGACAUUUUAUCUUCUGGCCCAAAGUCAGAACUUUAUAAAGUCUUGGUUUGUUCACUAAUAUGAAAUAAGUUGUGUGUCCAGGGUAUUGCUCUCCUCCGUGCGUGUGAGUGCUGUGGCGUUCUCCAGAGAAUGACGAGUUAUUCGCUGUCACGACUUUUUCUGUAGCAAACGGGCUGCUUUUUAAACUGCUCACUGUGGGCACUUUACCAGAUACUUCCACAUCAGUUAUUGGAGCUUGGUGACUUGAUCCGUCAGAGACGGUCUGGCCUCAAUUUUCUGUUGAAUCGUCUUUGACAGUACCGUAAGUUAGGUUGAAACAUCAUUUGGAUGUGCUGUUGUGAAUGACACUCUUAAGAUAAGCAUAUGCACUCCUUGCUUCAUGUGGUGAGUACCUGCACAUUCAAAUACAUUCUCCUUUGAGCUCAGUUACAUACCAAAUCAUUCAAAAACAACAGAUGGGUCUAACGUUGUUUCAUAUCUUUGAAUGACUCAUGGAUUUGGUAAAUUCAAUAUCUUCCAAACUUGAAGGUCACACUACUCUCCAGCCCUUUGUGUGUGUGUGGUUUUUUUUUUUUUUGACAGGCAGAGUGGACAGUGAGAGAGAGAGAGAGAGACAGAGAGAAAGGUCUUCCUUUUGCCCAUGGUUCACCCUCCAAUGGCCGCUGUGGCCGGCGCAUCGCGCUGAUCCGAAGCCAGGAGCCAGGUGCUUCUCCUGGUCUCCCUUGCAGGUGCAGGGCCCAAGCACUUGGGCCAUCCUCCACUGCCUUCCCGGGCCAUAGCAGAGAGCUGGCCUGGAAGAGGGGCAACUGGGACAAAAUCCGGUGCCCCAACCGGGACUAGAACCCGGUGUGCCGGUGCCGCAAGGUGGAGGAUUAGCCUAUUGAGCAACGGCGCUGGCCCCCUUUGUGUGUUUUACAAAAGACUGGCCUAGAGUGGCAACAAUUGAAAAGAAUGGUUUGUCCUGUCUUCUCCUAAGCACAUACAUGGUAUUGUCGUUUACAGUAUGAAGUUUUUGUUACCAAAGGGAAUUUUACUUUUUGUCCUCCUCAGUCACAAACUUGCUGUGGUAACUUAAAUGCAAUGCCGGAGGUGCUGCAGGGCCUCAGCAGCUGUUCUCUCAACUUGGAUCCAGUGGCUCUGGGCAGCUCCUGUACUGUCGGUUACAGCAAAUUAAACCAAAACCAUCACUGCUGACUGAAAUCUUAGAAACACUGUGUUGAAGAAGUAAACUAACAGUAACAAUUUAGGCAUUCCUUCUGAAUUGACCAUGUGAAGAUUAUGAAUAAAAGAUCCUGUUUGAAUCAAUUGUGAUUAUAUUCUAUAUUUGCAGAACAUUUUUACUAGUCUUUUCAUCUAUAUGUUUUCUCAAAAUGGGCUGGCCUUUUUAAUAGGUGGUUUCUCUACCACGUUAAGUGCUUGGUUCAGGUUGGAGAGAUGCAAAGAGUAGUUCAACUCUGUGUUGUGUUUAUUGAUUUUUGCUUUUGCAGUCAUUGUUCCUAACUAUAGAUACAACUUAUUGUAAAAGUGAUUUUUUUCCCAAUUUUUUUUAAAGGAGAAGUGGCCUAUAUUCUGUCAGAACAUCAAAACUUAGGACAAUGUUGUUACACUUGUUUGUUUUUUUUGUUUUUUUUAAACAAAGGAGGUGUUCUGUGAAUCAUGAGAUUAAAGAAUACCUGCUUUAACCUACACCUUAGUGGAUUCUGCUAUAGGGGUGUGGCAAUAAAUGUUUCCUAACUGUAAGACAUUAAGAAAUAACUGGUAGUGUAAAGGAAAAGCAUUUAUUAAGCUUAUUUGCAAUUUGUAGCUAUGUAACAUGUUCUUAUAUUCAGUUUUAAUUUUCCAUUACUGAUGGAGGUAGAAGUACAUACAAUUAUAUUAUUUUAUCUUUUUCCUGGGGCCAUGGAUCUAACUUAACUGGCCAAAUAUGAUGCUUCUAUCCCUGUUUUUGUUGGAUGUAGGCUGAGUGCCCCUUUCUAGUUAGAAGUUUGUCCACUGAAGUAUGAAAUAAUUUGACUCUGUUCUAUUUGGUUAUCUUCCUAAGCAAGCACCAAGGAACGAUUUUAUGGACCCCACAGUUUAAGCUUAAUAGUCUGUAACUCAGAGGCGGGUAUGAAGAAAUAUGAUUCUAAGUAAAGUCUAGCUACAUUCGUGGAAAAUGAAAACCUUUCUAAAGAGAUAAAGACUUAGCUAAGACCUCCCUGAAUCAAUGUGUCCCUCUUAAGGGAAAUACUGUAUACGGCCGUUGGUAGCACUGUUUCUCUUAUCCAGCAGGAAAACUUGGCGGCUAAUCAUAAUAUGUGAAUUAGGAGACUGCGGAUUGAAGUAGAGAACAUGAUAUCAGCUUUGAAAAGAAUCCAUGUUUGCUUUGCUCUGCUUAUCCAUACAGAAGCAAGUUUGAACAGAGAGGGUUAGUAAUCACAGUGUCAGAUUAAAGGCUGAGACUGGGUUCUUCCCAGUUCACAGUCGGUAAACAUUGAUGUAGUCUUUCAAAAGGACGUCACUAUUUAGUAACUGCACUGAAUAUUGAGCUAAUAAUUUCUAUGGCUGGAAUCUCUUCAAAUGCGAUUACAGUAUUUUAAAAGGUAAGGGAUCUGCUUUUUUGAUAGAGGCUUUUUUCAAAUAACUCAGCAUUAUUAUGUGGCUGUUGAAACGGUGAGAGCUCAGGGAAUUGGGGAAAGUGUUCGACCUAAUGCAGACGCGGCUUGCUAAAUCUCUUUAGUUGGUACAUGAGUUAGCAUUAGGAUGUGUAUCUGGUAGAACACUACGGUGUCUUGAUGAAGUAGGCAAAACUGUAUGCGAGGUGGUGGUAGAGUCGUCCUUUUCCCAUGUUGUAUGUAGAAAAUAACGUAAGGUAACUCAGUGUGGUGAGGUGAGGAGAUAAGCUGAAAAGGGAUUGUUGUUACACACUUGGUUUUUUGCCUGUAUUUUUCCCCCAUCUUAUACAUGUAUUUCAGAAAUGGAUCACAAAUAAAUCUUGGAGGGAUGGAGUAAAUAGCAGAAUUACAGUACUUAGAAGUUAACACUGUUUUGUUGUUUGAGAGUUUAUCUUGUGGGGAAUAGGAAUUGUGUAGCUUGAGUUUCUUAGGGCAUGAACUUCGUGGGAAGGCUGAUUGUGGAGGGAAAGGAGUUAUUAUCUACUUGAGGUUCUAAGGUAGUGCAAAAGAACUGCCUGAGGGACCCAUCACUCCCUUCUCCGUUACAGAGAUUCUCAAAAAGCCUGGAUCAGUACUGAGGCCCAGUCAUGUAACUUUCCUUUUUAAGUUCUAAAGUUAAUUGAAAAUAAAGUAGUAUGGUCACAGUAAAAAGCAACACUAAAUUUUGAAUAGAACAGUUUAUUACAACUAUAUAUAAUAGAUCUUCUACUUAAUUUCAUUUGCUUUGAGAGUAAAUCUUAAAAUGCCAUGAAAAUUCACAUAAAGCACUUAACAGAUGAACUACCAGAUGAAAACCAAGAGCUUAAUGCUUCAGACUUGCAAUUUCAAUUCGCAUUUCAUUUAGCAAAGGAAGAACUUGGAAAAUACAGCAUCAGCUACGCCACUGCACACUGCACUUUUUGUGUGCAGAUUAUGGGAAGUUUAAUGCCCCUUUAACAGUUGCUUAAUUGUUUAUUUGCAUAAACCCAGUUAGUAAAUAUCAGUGACGUUCAGGGCCGCUGACUAGCAGUCUUGUCCGUAUAGAACACAGGUCAGAGUUUGUUAGACACUAACGCACUUUGAUACGUAUUUCAAAGAUGUUUUUGUUGCCACAGGUUCACCAGCUGCUGUGUAGCCAAAAGUACUGUGAUCAUUUCACAGCUGGGUAGGAUAGUGUUGCCCAGCCCAGUACUAUCAUUUCACAGAGUGAGAAAUUCAGUUUUGAUGUCUGUGUGUGCAAGAUGUCGAUGUGGUCCCUUUAAGAAAUACUAAGGUUGGUCAUGAUUUACUAAGGUGAUGUAAUAUUUUCUUUUCCUUUGACCUGUUAGGAAUGCAAUCACUUGUGUCUUGAUUUGUUGCACAUCAUAUUUUUGCAGCAUUCAUGAACUUAAAUAAAUUAAUUGGAAAGUUCGUUUUGUGCCUCGUUUUAUCACAUU